UGGCCCGCCCCGGGCUCCCUUUAAAAACCACAGUCACAGCCGCUAGCUAGAUCAAACGUCGCACACACCACCCAGGACCACGCAGACCGCACCAUGGCCGGCAAGGGCUGGCAGGACCUGAAGCAGCAGGUGGAGGGGACUGCCCAGGAGGCAGUGACUGCGACGGGAGCAGCAGCCCAGCAAGUGGUGGAUCAGGCAGCAGAGGCUGGGCAGAAAGCCAUGGACCAGGUGGCUAAAGCGACCCAGGAGACCGCGGACAAGACGGCCAGCCAGGCCUCGGAGGCCUUCUCCGGCUUCGGGAAGAAGAUGGGUCUCCUGAAGUGACAAAGGGGCCCGGCACCCCUCCGCCCGAGCCCUGCUCCGGCGCCCCGGCAUGAGGCCUCAUUAAAGCCCUGCCCCGA